CUCCUUUUCUCCCGACCAUGACUGAAUCUUCAGCUUCGUGACGGUUUAGUGGUAUUGUUUCGGGCCUUCUGGAAGGCCGUCCAUUCCUUUUUACAUGCAAGCCUUCAUGACUGGUUCUUGAAGUUCUCUUCUCCGACAUUCUUUAACCUGUCAUUCUUUUGCCGGUUUAUAUUACCACCUCCACUCUUUUAUCUCUGCUUGACCUCACGGGCACUCACGGACCCUUCCUUUCUCAUAACUAAGCAGCAUAUCCUUACUUUCUGGGGAAAUCAUCACAACCGGAACAUUCACCAUGGCUCUAGGUACAUUUCGUGGAAGGUCGCGUACAUUGCGCCAGCCAGAGGCUAGCUCAUCGCCCGCUCAAAAGCACACAGACGCGCGGCCGCGCAAGAACUCCGGACAUCACGAACCAAGCGCAAACUUGCCUCAGGACUCUGCGCGCCCAAAGACGGCAGAGCAGCAGCAGCAAAGGCAUGUGCAGGAUGCCAAUCCUGGUUUUGAUUUCCAGAUCCCAAAAACCCCAUCGAAUGCCAUGACUUCGCCAACGAGCCCGAUCAUCUCACCAUCAGACGGCUUGAUUGGUGUCGCACUAGGAAGCCCCCGCAUGGUCGAGGUGCCAAUCGCAAUGUCGCAAGAGCAACAGUUCGGGAGGCCUCCGGAGGCCCCGGUGCGACCAUCACUACAGCGCAAACCAAGCAAAUGGAAGAAAAUCGGAGGACUAUUCAAAGCAAAGAGUGUAUUGAGUGCACCUGUUCCUAGCCAACCCUUCUAUCAUGUUCAACCGACUACGGAGUGGCCAAUGCCGGCUUCUGCAGUCUCCAUUAACCGGCGCCAACCGAUGCUCGAGGAGAGCCCCAAACUUGACGAGAAGCCAAAACUCGAAGAGGAGCCCAAGCCCAAACCCGAGGAAAGCCAUAGGAACAUGGCCGACCCCAGGCCUGAUGUUCAACCCAGCCCCAUCGAAGCCUGGCCAUCCCUGGAACUGGAACCAACGCAGGAACCCACGGCCCUGAAGCACGAACAGCCGGAGAAGACUGCCAUCCAGGAAUCAUCUCAAACCGUUAAUACAUCCUCGAACUACAUGCCCCUGCUUCAGAUUGAUAUUCCUGAUAUCCAACUGGAACGGUACAGUGUGAUGUUUGGGGGGGUUCUGCAGAAGAACAGACCCCCGUCCUUGAACCGACGGAGCAAGACGUUGAAUGAUGCGGACACAGAAGAGGCGAAGCAACCGUCGCCUCCGUCACCGGAAAUUGUUCCUCCUUGUCGAAGGGCGACCUCACCAACGCGUUCACGGUCUAAUUCUCCGAACUUCACACUGUUUCCCGCCACCCAAGUCAGCAAGGCUUCGAAGGUUCUCGGAUCGCAAAACAUACCGCGCGGCCCUAGCCCAUUACACAAGACUCAGACAUCAUUAGCCGAGUCUCACCAAGAGGAUGCGCCAAAAGAUAAGAACCAUCUCGUUCUCAUGGUUCACAGUUCCCCGUCCUCGCACAAGCAACAGAGCUCCGUGUCGUCGUUCCUAUCAGCAACAUCUAUCAGCUCCGAGGACGAAAGACUCCUCCUGCAGAAACUUAAGCCGGUGCGCAGCUACGUCGAUGAGCGAGAGCCUGAAUGGGAGAUCAUCAACAAGAAGUCCCCAACCACCAGCGAGCCUAUGCCACCUAUUCCUCCUGCCAUCCCGCGGCCGAAGGCUCCUGCCACCCUAACGAUCAACACGCAAGUGCCACCCAUCAGGACUUCUGGUGAUUCCCGAAGCGACGUCUCAUCGCCCUUCUCUUUCGUCUCAUCAGCCAAGUCGCCCAACACGCCGCGUAGCAGAACCCAUCUUCCAGCGCGGUCUCCCACAGUCAGUCAGGCCAGCACCACCACCAGCGCCACCACUACCCCAAUCGCCGCCCGCCGAUUCCCACUCGGCGACGAGAGGAAGAACGCCAGCACAUCAGACCUGAACAAGCCUCUCCCCACCGUGGAGAUCUCCAUUGCUCGAUCUGUCUCCGUCUCCAGAGGCAAGGAGAUCUCCAUCGCUCGAUCCGUCUCCGUCUCCAGGGGCAAGAAGCAAGUGAUCGUCCCCAUCCGGCCCCGGCUAGACCGCGCCAACACCACCGCCACGGAUCGGGUCGUGGAAACCAGGAUCGCUCGUCCGCCGCCUCGCCUUCGAGAUGGUGGGGGCCUCAGCCCUGGGCCUGGAAGUACGCGAACCGUCCGUGUCGGCAACUUCAUUUGACAUUGCCCUUUCCCACUCGAGCUUUUACUCUAGUAGUCCAUUCUUACGAUCCUAUGUCACACUCUUGGUUCAUCUUCCAGUUGGCUCGAUGACUUUUCUCUAUCUCUUUUUUCUUUCUUAGCCGGCCUUCCUUUACAAGCGCAGGUAGCAUAUACCUCUAUGCUUUGAUAGCUUACUUCCAUCCAUUCCACGUGACAUAUCCCAUUUCUUACUGUGUCAGAUCGACAUCUGCCCUUUUCAGUCAUGCUGGGCUCGACAGUCCCCAUCUUCAUGUAUCUUUUUUUAUCCUUCUAUUUUCAUGUUUGUUGCCAAAAUACCCCGCUCGGUAUCCAGUCCAAGGCACGAUCCGAGACCCUAGCCUUCUCAAAUUAGAUUUGAUUUACAAUUCCGAAAUCUAUUGCGCUGAUGUUUCACGAGCACAAAGCCAAGAACCACCUCCAAAUUCCGGCAAAACAACACCUGAAACUCUAGUCAAAUUCGUUAUUCUUUUCCAAGG